GGUGUGUAUCCGCAACGACAACAGGAAGUGACUGAUACUGGUUUAAUCUCUCGCCGAUUUACGCACUCUUUAUUUCACUCGGCAGUCCGACAGCCGACAGUCCGAUUGUAAACAAGUAUAAACUCAUGACUUCGGCCUUUAUCAAUACCCGACGAGACGACGGCGUCUAAAGAGGCCUGAGAUCGGUCAUCGCAUAGCGAGCGCAUAGUGUCCUUGCCAGACAUCAGACAGUCGAUUGUGCAGCUCGACGCUGGAUAUAGCUGAUCAAUGUACCGGAAAAGUGAGAAUAUACCGGGGAUUGUUAGAGAUGCGUGAAGGCCGAAGUUGUUCUGCAAUGCUGUUGCCUACAGCCUAAACCAUGAACUCCGUAUCCCCCAGUUCGGUUCAGUACAUAGUGAGCGGCGGUGCUCAUGAGGACAAGGCCCCACCGCAGUCCAAACACUUCAUCGGCCAUGGGUCUGUGACCGAUGACACCAAAGAAAGUUCUGGAGAACUUGAUGAAGUGGAUCGUCUCAAGGCAAAGUUCAUGUCAGCUUGGAACAAUGUGAAAUACGGCUGGGCUGUCAAAUCUAAAACUACCUUUAAUGCAACAUCUCCCCUGAUCCUUUUGGGCCAGUCGUAUGUGUUCAGUACAGAAGAUGAGGUGGAACGUUUCAGGCAGAUGUUCGUAUCCUGCGUCUGGCUCACCUACAGGAGAGAGUUUCCUCAGUUGGAGGGUUCCGCCCUGACCACAGACUGCGGCUGGGGCUGUAUGCUGCGCAGUGGACAAAUGCUGCUGGCGCAGGGAUUAAUGCAACACUUCAUGCCUCCAGACUGGAGGUGGGCAGAUUGUCACCCGCUAUCAGAUGUUGAUUUUGAGGUGCUGAGGCCCCGUUCGCCCUCCCGCCCGGCUGGCAUAUCCCUGCCGUCCUUCACAUCCUCGUGGUCCAGCCCUGUUGCUCAGAGGAACCCGUCCUCUAGCAGUUAUGAGAGUCAGAAACCGGUCCCCAGACAACAGCCUUCAGUCAGCAAUAACCCUCAAGUAGAGAUCUUUCACAGGAAGGUGGUGUCGUGGUUCGGAGACCAGCCCUCGGCUCCGUUUAGCGUACACCAGCUGGUGGAGCUAGGAAAGGAGUCCGGGAAGAAGGCUGGGGACUGGUAUGGUCCGUCUGUAGUGGCACAUAUGCUGAGAAAAGCAGUGGCGAAAACGAAAGAAUUGGAGAACGUUGCUGUAUACGUGGCCCAGGACUGCACGAUAUAUAAAGAGGAUGUAAUGCAGUUGUGUAACUCGGUGGAGUCCAGUGGCCCGGGAUGGAAAUCAGUCAUCAUUUUAGUGCCAGUACGACUAGGAGGAGAUUCAUUAAACCCCUCCUACAUUGAGUGUGUUAAGAACAUACUGAGGUUAAACUGCUGUAUAGGAAUUAUUGGAGGGAAACCCAAGCAUUCCUUGUUUUUUAUUGGCUUUCAAGAUGAACAGCUGAUAUAUCUAGACCCACACUACUGUCAGCCGGUAGUUGAUGUCACCCAGGGCAACUUCUCUCUGGAGUCAUUUCACUGCAACGCACCGAGGAAGAUGAACUUCAGUCGUAUGGAUCCCAGCUGCACUAUUGGCUUCUAUGCACGUACAAAGAACGAUUUUGAGUGUUUGUGCUCAGCAGUCAGUGACGCCUUGUCGUUAUCUAAAGAGAAGUAUCCCAUCUUUACAUUUGUAGAGGGCAGGGGGCAGAAUUAUGGACUGGAGGAGCAGAGCGGGGGACCUGUGGACUCUACUUCACACAUUUUGCCGUUUAACAGACAGAGCAGGAGCAAUAAGAGAGGAAGCGCGGAUGACUUUGUACUCCUGUGAGGAGCGUGAAGGUUGCGUGAAACCUCCCUGCUGCACAGACAUUAAUUAAACUGCUGUUUGUGUUUCAUUCACAAUAUGAUGACUGCUUACAAGGGAACCUUCGGACACAACGUGUGUUAACAAUAUGUUAUGGUCCUAUUUCAUCAAAAGAGACCAAUUUUAUUUUGCAACUUAGGAACAUUUAGAUUGCAUUGUUACAUUACAUGUCUUUUAUCUAUAUUCACAUUACCAUAAUCCAAAACAAAACUUUAUUAAAUCCAACGAAAACUUCAUAUUUAUAUAUGUUGGUAGUAUUUAUUUUGCUAUUGGUAUUACGGGAAUAAGAAUUCAGGGCUCAUGUACCUAAUAUUCAUAAAAAUAAUGUCACAAUGCUAAAAAAACGUAGUUGUCCUGAAAAACCCCUUUGUUGUGUUCAUGCAAAAUGUGAUUGCUUAUUUUUUGCUUUAGAACAUGGUAUGUUAUAUAAUUGGGACAUUUCUAUGAGAUUCACCUGUAAAUGUGGCUUAGGUCUACGCUCUGGACGUGGAGUAUUCAGCAUCAUCGCAGUUUUUAAACAUGAUGCUUUAUCUUUUGUCUCUCUCACAUAUGAAACACAAGAUCCUGCUGUUGCGUUGCUGUGUCUCAGAAGGUAAACGGGUCUUUUGAGUAUUUCACUCUGAGACUAUGCUCUGUAACUGGAUAAAAUUUGAGCGAUUGAGCACCAGUCUGUUGCUGUACUUAAUUUUCUACAUUCAAAGAGCACUGCAGUGUGCUAGUGUGUGAUUUUUUUGUCUUAAAUCAUUGUGAUACUUUUGAACGUGUUCUCUUAUUUAAUUGUAUAUUUUAACGGGGAUCACAGCCUUACCUCCUCAAACUCUCAUAGAAUGUGUGUCGUUGAAUCUGAUGCUGGAAGCUGUCUAGAUGUUUGAUGUCAGAUUUUUUCGCCAUUUCAGGUCAACAGAUGUACUGUAGAUGUUACUGUUUAAAAAAAGCUGUUUAUUUUUACAGGUUGUAGUUUUUGUUCACUUUUUCGAAGAUGCUUCGGAUAAAGUUUAACUCCUGUCACUAUCUGAAUUUUUGUGUUUUCUGUGGGACUAUUGGACAGCAGGACUAUGCACCUGUUUGUCUUCUGCUUUUGUGUAUUAAUUAUUUUUCUCAAAAUUGAAAUUAAACUUUUUUAAGUGAA